CGAUAACAUGAGCAAUUACAUGCUUUCAUGGGCCUCUUUCUAAUUAUGACGGUACUGUUGUUUCUUGAGAUUUCUCCCUCCCUCAACUAUAUAUGACCUCGUCCCCCGCACCCCGCCAAGGUCUAUUUCCCAUAAACUCCAAAGUUAUCAAUCACAUACGUCGAUUGUUCUCUAAUCGUACAGAUAACAUUUACCCAUUCAUGCCUUGAAUCUAAUUCCUUAAUUAUCACUCUUUUAUUCGUCGAUGGAGUUCAAGUAGUCAAUCGACUCUUGUAUACAGCACCAACACAUCCACCCAAGACAUAUCUCACAACGACCGUCACUUAUACCCAGAGCAUAGAGCACACAAACAACAGUUUAAGCUCUCUUCUCGCGCCUUUUCAUACAAAUCCUGGUCGCCAAUCUUCAUUCCAUCGACCAUGGCGGCCGAGUACCCCAAGCACCCGUUCCUCCUCACAAUUGAGGAGACGGCGCAAGCUCUCGACACCAGCAUCGACAAGGGCCUUACCAGUCAACAAGUGGCUGAAGCUCAGCAAAGAUAUCCCAAGAAUGAGCUCGACGUGGGCGGUACAGUACCAUGGUACAGUAUUUUGACCAAACAGCUGCUCAAUGCCAUGAUCAUUGUUCUGGCAUUUGCCAUGGCUCUCAGUUUCGGUAUCAAAGACUACAUCGAAGGUGGUGUGCUUGUCUUUGUUAUCGUCCUAAACGUCACCAUUGGUUUCUGGCAAGAGUACCGCGCGGAGAAGCGCAUGGAUGCUCUCCGAGCUCUCUCCUCUCCUAGUGCCAUGGUUCUUCGCGAUGGAAAGACUCAAGUUAUUUCCAACCCCGAAGUCGUUCCCGGUGACAUUGUCCUUCUCAAGAUGGGCGACACCGUCCCCGCCGAUCUCCGUCUCUUUGAAGCCAUGAACCUUGCUUGCGAGGAAGGUCAACUUACUGGCGAAUCAAUCCCCGUCGAGAAGAUUACUGAUAACAAUAUCACCGCUCCCGGAACCGAGAAGCCUGUCGAGUCCGAGGAUGAGAUCGGUAUUGGUGACCGUGUCAACAUGGCUUAUGCCACCACCGUCGUCCGAAAGGGCCGUGGUCGUGGUAUUGUCACUGCUACUGGCAUGUCCACCGAGGUCGGUAAGAUUGCUGCCUCUACUUCCAAGAAGACUCGCAAGGCUGGCCGAUCUAUGAACUACAAGAAGUACGGAAAGCGACAGCCCUUUGUUGGUGCUUCCAAGCGAACUUGGGAUGUUAUCGGCAAGUUCUUGGGUCUCACCGAAGGAACACCGCUCCAGCGAAAGCUCUCCGCUCUUGCUUACGUCCUCUUCGGUUGUGCUAUCAUUCUCGCUAUCGUCGUGUUUGCCGUCAACAAGUUCGACAUGAAGAACGAGGUCAUUAUUUAUGCGACAUCUCUUGGUAUCGCCAUUAUCCCCGAGUCCCUGGUGGCUGUCUUGACGAUUACCAUGGUCGUUGCUGUUACUGUCAUGCGAAAGGCCAAUGUCGUUGUCCGUGAUCUUUCCGCCCUCGAAGCUCUUGGAGGUGUUACCAACAUUUGCUCUGACAAGACUGGUACCCUCACCGAAGGAGCUAUGAUUGUUCGCAAGGCCUGGAUCCCCUCUUCUCAUAUCUACACUGUUCGCGACUCUCAGAGCCCCAACGAUCCCACCAAGGGUCGAGUAACCUACUCCAAGCAAAACGAUGAGCCCGAGGAGAAGGAGGCCCCUCGUGACUACGAUCGCGAGCGCAGUGCCGCUGUCCUCAAGUUCGAUGUCCCCGAUGAGAAGCUUAACCAGAACAACGCCCAGCCCAAGAAGCCUGAGCCCGAGGUUGAGUGCGAGAUGACUGAUGAACUUCAGGCUUUCUUGCUUUCUUCCGCUCUUUGCAACUUGGCUACUGUUCGAUACGAUGAUGAAGAGGAGAAGUGGCAGGUUACUGGUGAGCCUACCGAAAUUGCCCUUCAGGUCUUCACCCACCGCUUCAACUCUGGAAAGAAGACUCUCGAGGGUGAAGGCUGGAAGCAAAUCGCCGAAUUCCCCUUCGACAGCUCUAUCAAGCGAAUGUCCGUCAUCUACGAUGCCCCAGAGGGUGCCAAGGGCUCCAUUAUCGACACUGCCAACUCAAUGGUCUUCACCAAGGGUGCUGUCGAGCGUGUCUUGGAUCUCUGCGACUACGUUGGCACUGGGCCUGAUCAGCAGCCCAUUACCGAUGAGCUCAAGGAGAGUGUCCUCGAGCAGAUGAACAGUCUCGCUUCCCAGGGUCAACGUGUUCUGGCUAUCGCCUAUCGUCCUUGGGAUGGUCGUUUCACCGCCAAGCAGGCCUCUUCUCCCGCUGAGGAUGAGAAGCUUCGAACUGAGGUCGAGCAGGGUCUUAUUCUACUUGGUCUUGCUGGUAUCUACGAUCCUCCUCGCCGCGAAACUAAGCCGUCUAUCGCCGAGUGUUCCAACGCUGGUAUCCGAGUUCAUAUGCUUACUGGUGAUCACCCUGAGACUGCUAAGGCCAUUGCCAAGGAAGUCGGUAUCAUUCCCAAGAACCUUAGUAUUCUACCUGAUCACGUCGCCAGGUCCAUUGUUCAGAAGGCGACCGAUUUCGACAGAAUGACCGACGAGGAGAUUGAUGCUCUCGAGGAACUUCCUCUAGUUAUUGCCCGUUGCGCUCCUGACACCAAGACCCGCAUGAUCGACGCUCUCCGUCGUCGUGGUGCCUUCAUGGCUAUGACUGGUGAUGGUGUCAACGAUGCCCCUUCUCUGUCUCGUGCCGAUGUUGGUAUUGCUAUGGGUUCCGGAUCUGAUGUUGCCAAGUCUGCCUCCAAGAUCGUACUUACCGAUGAUAAGUUCAACUCCAUUGUCGCUGCUAUCCGCGAGGGUCGUCGCAUGUUCGACAACAUCCAGAAGUUCGUCCUCCAUCUCCUAACUUCCAACGUUGGUGAGGUUAUCCUCUUGGUUUGCGGUCUUGCUUUCGUCGACGACAGUGGCUUUUCUGUGUUCCCUGUCUCGCCUCUUCAAAUUAUCUGGAUCAACAUGGCUACCUCUUCAUUCCCUGCAUUCGGACUCGGUCGCGAGCAGGGUGCUCAGGACAUCAUGCGCAAGCCUCCUCAGGAUAAGAAGCGCGGUGUUUUCACCAACCAGAUCAUCAUCGACAUGAUUGUCUACGGUAUUAUCAUGGGUGCUUGCACAAUGUGCACUUUCGUCAUCAUCGUCUAUGGUGCCAACGGCGGCAACCUCGGCUUCGAGUGCAACCAGCGAUACUCCGAGGAGUGUAUCCCCGUGUUCAAGGCUCGCGCUGCUACUUUUGCUGAGCUGACAUGGCUGAUCCUCAUCUCUGCCUGGGAGUUCAAGAGUCUGCGCCGCUCCGUCUUCCGCCUUAACCCCGACGACGACAGCAAGUUCCCCGUGUUCAAGGACAUCUACUCCAACCGCUUCCUCUUCUGGUCCGUUAUCAUUGGCGGCCUCUCCGUCUUCCCUGUUGUCUACAUUCCCGUCCUUAACCACAAGUUCUUCAAGCACACUGGCAUCACUUGGGAGUGGGCUCUGGCCGUUGGCUUCACUGUUGUGUUCGUUGCUGGCAUUGAGCUCUGGAAGAUGACCAAGCGACACUUCCACCUUCUUGAGGACGCUCCUGUCCGACGUGGUGUUUGGGGCCAGGGUGGUGAAGACGGUGGUCGCCUUGCUCGAACUAUGUCUCUGUCCAGCUUCAAGACCUGGGCAUCUUUCUCUCGAAAGGACACUGGCGAGUCUCUCGGAAAGCGAAGCACCUCUCGUGGACCUACCGAUCGACACAUUGUGCCUCAAGGCCUUGCAGCCACCGAGGCCUAAUCUUAUGAUUUGCAUCUCUGAUGAUAAAAACAUUUAAAAGGGGUGAGGGUAGUUUUCGAAUAUGUGGUCUCAUGAACUGAAGAAUAUUUUGGACAGAUGGGAAGGAUCAUGACGAAUCUUAAUAUUGCAUGUUACAUUGAUAUCACUUCUGCUUUUAGUUGCAUUAUUCCGCCCUGAUAGAGGGUAUAGAUAUCCCGCUGCCCAGCCACAGAAUGCUGGUGCGAAUGAAUUACAUUGUCACUGAACCUUUUUUUGUCCUGUGUGAUGUCUUGGAAAUCUUUCAGUGUCUUUUAUUCAUUAAUCUAUCCUCUACAUAAUUGUUUUAACCACAACAGCCAGCACCACAGCCAACAGACCCACGCUGGGUAAACUCACUUUCGAAUGCGAAGCAUUGUUCUCACCAGUCGUGUUGAGUCCCAAGUAUUGAGCACCGAUGGUUGUCAGACCACCACUAUUUGACAGGAAGGCGGCGUUAGGGCCAACAUUGGAUACAUCUGAGCGAAAGGCGCCGAAAUAGGUGUAUCUGCCAAUGAAGGCUGACUCGUCGAACCAUUUAAGAGUCUGCUUGAAGAAUUGUUCUGUCGGUUGAGGGUCUUGGUGCGCGUAGGCGUAUUCUGUCACCCAUAUAGUAGAGUUGGGCCACCUAUCAAUAAUCUGUUAGCUUGAGUAUGUGUUAUAAACAGGAGAGACAUACUCGGCAAGACGUUCACCAAUGUGAGAGGCAAGGCCUUCAAAGUUGUCGUACCAAUGCACAGGCAGAUAGUCCCAUGUGCAGUUUCUUUUAGGCCCAUCUUGACUCUUGAUCGCGGAGCAAUUGCCCAAGAACUGCUUGAGCCAUGGCAUGCUACCCCAUCCACCUGUACAAGCAGGAAGACCCAACUUUACACCCAUCUCACCCAGGGGCUCAAAGUUCGCGACCCAAGCCUCGGCAGCGACCUUUGGGUCGAGAUUGCUUCCCCCCACAUCGUUGCCAGCAUCGGGUUCAUUGAAUCCCAAGACAUGCGUGAUGUUGACUCCAUCUUCCAUGAGGCUCUUGACAUUUUGCAGGAAUGUCGUAUCGCUUGAGUCGGAUCCUACACCCCACAUCAUAGGUACGAACUCGAACUGUUCUUGAGGAACAUCCUUAUAUACAGCAGAGGGCUUGUCUCCAUAGUUGUAGUACCAGGUGAUAUCGCUGCCGUUCUGGACCCAAAUUUUGUCGUCCUGAGGUUUCUCGGUGUUGGGAACGAAGCAAAGCCCUCUCUUAUGAUCGCGGGUGGCGUACGAGAGACCGGCUAGCAUGAGAGCCAGGAGAUGCUUUGACAAAGCCAUGCUCUUGUUUGAUCGUAAAGUUUGUUUUGAGUAAUAGCUGUGGUUGAUUCAAGAGAAAGGAGAGGUAACAAGCCAGGUCCCAAAGGCUGGGUGUCUCGAAUGGAAAAGUUGGGACUGUUCUUCUCAGCUUCUAACGGUCCACUGGCGUUGCCUGAUGUUCUGUCCCAGUGGCGGUUAAGUUAAACACAAAUUGGCACAGGUAAGUAUGAAAAGAAAGUAUGAAUGUUCAGCUUCAGCAGAUUAUCAGAAAGAUUGUCAAUAAAAGGGAGUGACGAGUCAACAAAGGACAACAGAGAUCGCAGUCAUAAGGAGGAGAACGAGAAGAGGCGCGGCCUCGAGUUAUGAGGAAACAUCCAGCAAACAUUUCGUUCCAUAGCUGUUCUUCAUCCAUCAAAUAACCUGGACAGCUUGUAAGCGGUGGCUUCUGGAAAGUCGCCGAAAAUGGACAUAGUAUGAAGCUAUCCGAUCUACUGGUUGAUUUACAUGGCCGCAUCGGGAAGAUAGUCUGUCGAGCCAGGGUCCAGACGUUCAGAAACUAGGGACUUCCGAGACACGCUCUAUAGAAUCCAGCGCCCUUAUUGGAUCAUCGUGAUGAUCCAGGAACAAGCGCGGCACUACGCCACGUUCUCGUGGAUCAAAUACCCGUCGGAAUCGAUGUAAUGAAGACUGGACCAGGUUGGUGGACCCA